AUGAAGAAUAUAUUAUUGGGUUUUUGUUUCGUCGGAGUGAUUUUAUCGGAAGCACAACCAGAUAUUCCACGUGAUUGGAUUACGAUGGUUGAUCCUUGCACGAAAAAAAUGACAGAACAAAUUCAAGAGGAAUUAACGGCUGCCAUGACCUAUUUAGCAAUGGGAGCUCAUUUUUCAAAAGAUACCAUCAACAGACCCGGCAUAGCCGAAUACUUUUUCAAAAGUGCUUCGGAAGAAAGAGAACACGCAAUUAAAUUAAUUGAUUAUUUGCUUAUGAGAGGAGAAUUAACUCACGACAUUAAAAAUUUAAUUAAAGAUCCUAUGCCGGAUAGAACCCAUUGGGAAAAUGGUCACGGUGCAUUCAAACAUGCACUCUCUUUGGAAAAUCACGUAACGAACAAAAUCAGAGAUAUAAUUAUUACAUGUGAAACUCCAGUUAGUCCUCCGUUUAAUGACUAUCAUUUGGUUGAUUAUUUGACUGGAGAAUAUUUGGAUGAACAACACAAAGGCCAAAGAGAACUUGCUGGAAUGAUUUCCAUUUUGGGUAAAAUGUUAGAUCACCAUGGUACAAUUGGUGAAUUUUUAUUCGAUAAAAAAUUAUCAAGCAAUGAAUUAUUUUAGUUAAAUAUUUUUGAAAGUAUCCAUAUUUACAUAUAUAUAUAUUUUUUUAGCAGUGUCAUUAUGUAUUAUUAAAAAAAAAAAAAAAUAAUCAGUAAUAUUUUAGCAGUUUAAAAAAAAAAUGGUUAUUUAAAUUUUUUUUUUUUUAUUAAUUUUGUAUAAGGAUGUACUGUAUGCAUUUACUGCCUGUGAUUAUUAUUAUUAUUAUUAUUAUUAUUAUUGUAAAAUGAAAAUUAUAUAUAAUUUUUAUUUUUUUUUUUUUUACAUUGUUGCAAAUUUGUAAAAUAUAUC